CCUAACAAUGCUGUGUAGGUCGCUCGCGCGGGGCGGGGGUAGGAAACGGCUAACAUAGAGAGAGACUGGAACGGAGGGGAGUUGUUAUCUGAACACCAGGCGGGCCGGAGGUCUGAGAUCGGGGUCCUGCUCAUUUAAACGGAGAGAUAUCAGCGGCUGAACGCGCACCGGAUUCACACGCGCUCGGUGGACGAACGGAAAGUGUCACCGGUGCGCGUGCACGAUUUAUCAACGGGACAGUGACUGAGAGAGACAUCGAGGAGAUUGGGAGGAGUGGAGGAAUGGUGGACAACACCGGCAGCAGUAAAACACAGAUGGAGGGGGAUUUGGGGGGCGGGUACCCUCUGAGUGGCACAUCGGGGGUGAAGCUAGAGGCCAUGAUGGAGCAGCUUCAACGGCAACAGCAGGCACGUUUGGACAUGGAGCGGAAGGAGCGGAUGUUGCGUGAAGCUCACAUUAUGUAUGCGCAACAGGUUGCGGCGCAACAGGCCAUUCUGGCCGCCGCCCGAGCUUCUGGAGCUGGCUUCAUGGGCAAGAGCUUCAGCACAGGGGCCGUGCCACCCCUGGGGGUCGGGCAGCUGUCUCGAGUGUCUAAUCAGAGCAGUGUGGACUCAGAACGCGAGGAUGAGGAGGAACGGGGCCGAGAUUCAGGUGAGGAAGAUGAUGACGAUGAAGAUGAGAUGAUGGAGGGAGAUGAAGGCAGUGAGGAAGAUGACGGGGCACCCAGCGGGCUGGAGUUUCUCAGGAAGCAGACGCUGGCACUGCAGCAGGGAGCAGCCCAGAUCCCUGCACGUCCGUUUGGGAAUUUUGGGGACUCGCCAACUCCCGCAGGCACCCAGAGAGCUCUGUCACUUCCUGUCAGGGUGAAACAGGAGACAGAAGACGAUCUCUCACCCCUUGCACGGCCAUCGGCGUCUUCUCCUAACGGCCAAGCAGACUGGAGCUAUGACGAGCAUUUUAAACAGAAUGGCUGUGCAUCCUGGCUGGAUGAUAUGGAUAAUGCCCGUGGGAGGAGUGAAGCCUCCAGAGAUUUCGCCAAGUUAUACGAGUUGGAUAAUGACCCGAACAGGAAGGAGUUUCUUGAUGAUCUUUUCACCUUCAUGCAGAAAAGAGGGACUCCAGUGAACAGAAUUCCCAUCAUGGCAAAGCAGGUGUUGGAUCUGUACAUGCUUUAUAAGCUGGUGACAGAGAAGGGUGGACUGGUGGAGGUCAUUAACAAGAAGAUCUGGAGAGAGAUCACUAAGGGUCUAAACCUGCCCACCUCUAUCACCAGUGCUGCCUUCACGCUACGCACACAGUAUAUGAAGUAUCUUUACCCAUUUGAGUGUGAGCGGAAGGCUUUGAGUUCUCCCAGUGAACUACAGGUGGCCAUUGACAGUAACCGUCGUGAGGGGCGUCGACCUAGCUACAGUAACAGCCUGUUCCGCUUUAGCCCCUCCCCCAGCUCCGCCCCUCACAUGCUCUCACCUCCAAAAAUGCAUCUGUCCGCGCUGGGCCCAGGGGCCAUUGGGGCCCUGAACGGACUACAUCCGUCACCCGGGCCGUCUCUGAAAAAGAGACUGGAGGACACUGUUUCCUCUAUGUAUUGUGGGCGAGCUCCAGCCAUGGCGCUGCCGUUGGGUCAGCAGCAGGUGGCGGGAUUGGCACGAGCGUCCACACUGGAGCAGCUCAGAGAGAAACUGGAGACUGAAGUGCCGGAGAGGAAGAUCGCUCGACUUGCAGAAGAGCAGCAGAGACUGAUGCAGCAGGCCUUCCAACACAACCUGCUCGCCAUGACAUCACACAUACCCAUGAACCUGCGGCUCGCAGCUCCACCCAGAGAUGAGCAACAUGAUCUGGCGAUGAGUAUUUCCUCUACUGGAGCGGCGGGUAUCAGUGUAUCAGUGAAAAUAAAUGGCAUUAUUUACUCAGGAACUUUGUUUACCCAGAAGUCUGCAGCUGCAGGUAUGAAUGUGUCUGCUGCAGCUACUGCAUCUUCAGCUGGACCCAGUGGGGUAAAGACCUACCCUGGCUCUGCCCUCAGCCAAAGCCCCACCUCAUCUCCCUCCUCCAAGGGGCCAAGCUCAGCGAAACCAUCCACCAGCAGCUCGACGUAG